GUAGGUUCACCUUUUCUGCACCUGGUGUGGGAAAUGAGUCUGCUUCCUGCCUUCUGGGAUUGGCUUUAGUGAUUUAGAAACUAAAGUGCACAGCCGUGCCUCAGUAGAGGCUUGAUGAGGUCUUGUGACUGUUUGAUUUUAAUAACCAGGUGUGUUUCAUCGUGAAAGAGAGGUUGGUUGUCCUUUCGAUACUCGGGUUAAAGAACAAUCCUUAUUGAGAGUUUGAGGAAAAAGAAGUCAGAACUGAGAGCUAGGGCACCAUGGGUCUGAAGUUUUCUGUAGCUGCCUUUCACAUACUGUGACCUUGGGCAAGCCGUUUAACUUCUGGGACUCAGUGCACCUUUCUGUAAAAUUAGUGAACCGGGUACAUCUUCGUUCCUCCCAGUCUAAUCCUGUAGUUCCACCUGUAGCGUUCAUUUUGUGUGUGGUCUCAAAAUUGUGGCAAGUUACUUUUCUGUGUGCCCCUGUCUUUUGUCAAGCCAGAUAGUUCACCAGAUAAUCCAGUAGAAAGGAUGCUAGGAUCUCAGUAUAAAUCGAAGUGGUCAGUAGGAACCCUGACAUUUGGUACCUUACCGAAACCAGGUGUUAACUGGCCCAAGUUUCAGAUGACACAGCUGUUCUUUGGACUGGAAUAGACAUAACUUCAGGCUCCCUGUCAGUGUCCUGUGGGAAAUCCAGAGCCCUCCAUGAUGAGAGAUUUUGAAGCACUUCCCUCUCUUCUGUGUAGUUGAUCGUUGGGGUGGUGAAGAAAUGGCUGACAGUGUCAAAACCUUUCUCCAGGACCUGGCCAGGGGAAUCAAGGACUCCAUCUGGGGUAUCUGUACCAUCUCAAAGCUGGAUGCUCGAAUACAACAGAAGAGGGAGGAACAACGUCGAAGAAGGGCAAGCAGUGUCCUGGCACAGAGGAGAGCCCAGAGUAUAGAGCGGAAGCAAGAGAGUGAGCCACGUAUCGUUAGUAGAAUUUUCCAGUGUUGCGCUUGGAAUGGAGGAGUAUUUUGGUUGAGUCUCCUCUUGUUUUACCGAGUGUUUAUUCCUGGGCUUCAGUCAGUAACAGCACAAAUUAUUGGUGAUCCAUCAUUGCACGGAGAUGUUUGGUCGUGGCUGGAAUUCUUCCUCACAUCAAUUUUCAGUGCUCUUUGGGUGCUCCCCCUGUUUGUGCUUAGCAAAGUUGUCAAUGCCAUUUGGUUCCAAGAUAUAGCUGAUCUGGCAUUUGAAGUGUCAGGGAGGAAGCCUCACCCAUUCCCUAGUGUCAGCAAAAUAAUUGCUGAUAUGCUCUUCAACCUUCUGCUGCAGGCUCUUUUCCUUCUCCAGGGAAUGUUUGUGAGUCUCUUUCCCAUCCAUCUUGUUGGUCAGCUGGUUAGUCUCCUGCAUAUGUCCCUUCUGUAUUCUCUGUACUGCUUUGAAUAUCGCUGGUUCAAUAAAGGAAUUGAAAUGCACCAGCGGUUGUCAAACAUAGAAAGGAAUUGGCCUUACUACUUUGGAUUUGGUUUGCCCUUGGCUUUCCUCACAGCCAUGCAGUCCUCAUACAUUAUCAGUGGCUGCCUCUUCUCCAUCCUCUUUCCUUUAUUCAUUAUCAGCGCCAAUGAAGCAAAGACCCCUGGCAAAGCAUACCUUUUUCAGUUGCGCCUCUUCUCCUUGGUGGUCUUCUUGAGCAACAGACUCUUUCACAAGACGGUUUACCUGCAGUCUGCUCUGAGUAGCUCAACGUCUGCCGAGAAGUUCCCUUCACCACACCCGUCUCCUGCCAAACUGAAGGCUGCUGCAGGCCACUGACUUCACCUGCCAUCCACAGGGGACGGGUGGGAUUGGAGGGAGGAUGUGGCAGCUCUUUUCCCUGUUACCUUCCCUACCCGGGAGAGGCAGGACCCACUCUGCCAAGGGCCCUCUGCAUAAACUCUUCUCUCCGGGGAAUUGGAAUCUUGUCUCUGGUGCACUUAGGCAGAAUCUUCCUGACACCAGUACAUGGAUUUUUAACACCGUGAGUCUGAAAGGACCACAUGUCUUUCUGUAGCUGUUUUCUAGCAUUUGCCAGACCUUGUGCCUGGACUGAUUUGAAUACUUUCUCUCCCUGUGCCAUUUACCCUCCCACCUCCCCUUCCUGCCUUCCACCCUUGGAUGAAUGGAUUUUGUACAUCUAGCUGUUGUAUUUCGUGGAUUUGUUAUUUUUGUUGUUUUUCUGUGAAGCACAUACAUUGGAUGUGGUAGGUGAAGGAGUACCUCAGUUGCUCCUGGCCACUCCCUUUAUAGCCAUCACUGUCUUGUUUUUUGUAACUCAGGUUAGGUUUUGGUCUCUCUUGUUCCACUGCAAAAAAUGAAUCUGAAGAGAUGCGACAGGAGGAAAGACCUCACAGCCAUAACUGUUGGGUUUUGAGGAAUGAUUUUCUUCCCCUUGAAGGGGAAAGGCUUUCUUCGCUGGUACAUAAAGUACCCCAGCUACGGGAGUUACCAAUUCUGGACAAGUGCCACUGCAACACGGAAAGCUCAGAGAACCUGAACUUUAACUCUGCUGGCCAUGGUGGGUCUGUGUGGUAUGUCAAAGGAAUAUUGGGUGCUGCAAAUAGGAACUGAAGGGGUAAAUCUAUUAAACCCAUUGAACCUGU